AUGGCCCCUUGGCGCCUCCACCCUGAACUGCUCCUGGCAGUGGCCGCUCUUUUUGCUGCGUCUGCUGCUGCUGACUACACCCCUCAUGACACAGCGUCCGUCUGCUCAACGAAGAGCAACUACACCGACGGCAGCCAGUACGAGAUCAACCUCGACCAGCUCCUCCACGACCUUGGUGACGGCGCGGUUGGGGAUGGCGGCUUCUUCGUGACCAGUCGCGGCAUUUACCCCGACAAGGUAUACGGCCAAGCCAUGUGCUACGCCGACUGUGAGUGGACAAAGUGCCAGCUCUGCUUGCAGGUGGCACCGUCCUACGUGAUGAUCAAAGGGUGUCCCUACAGUCGGCAGGCCGCCAUCAUGUACGACUGUUGCUACCAGCGCUAUUCAGACAGGAAAUUCUCCGGCCACGCCGACUUGUUCGGCAAUGGUUUCGACUACAUAGACGGUAGGAGCUAUGCCGAUGCCAUGAACGAGACGAGGUGGAAGCUGGUAACCCAGCUCAUGACAGAGGCCGCCGGGUCGGCACUGCGGUUCGCCACCGGUAGCCAGACAUACGUGGACUCGCAUGGCGACUCCCAGGUGAUGUACGGCCUGGUGCAGUGCUCCAGAGAUUUGUCGGCGACCGACUGCACCAACUGCCUUAAUAACAUCGCACAAGCGAGCAUGAUCCGGAACGCCACCAUUGCUAACUACAGAAGGUACGGCUGCUACAUCACCUACACACCCAAUGCUAUCGACAUCCGGCCUGCAGGUCAAUCUCCAUAUCUGUUGCUGAGUCUCAAUUUUCAGCCGUGGGUGUAUCAAGAGGACGACGAGGCCAUGAAGAACGAGUUCAUGAAAGGGACCGGAUCUAGGCAAUUUCGCUACAGCGAGCUGGCAGCUGCCACCGACAACUUCUCAGACGACAAAAAGCUUGGGGAAGGCGGGUUUGGGUCAGUGUACAGAGGGUUCUUGAAGGGCUUGAGAAUUGAGGUGGCUAUCAAGAGAGUGUCCAAGGGCUCCAAGCAGGGGAGGAAGGAGUACGCCUCUGAGGUGAGGGUCAUAAGCCGGCUUCGGCACCGUAACCUGGUGCAGAUCGUUGGCUGGUGCCACGCCAGAGAGCAGCUCCUCCUGGUCUAUGCGCUGAUGCCCAACAGCAGCCUCGACGUUCACCUUCACCGUGCAGACAAUGUGCUGUGGUGGCCAGUAAGGCAUAAGAUCGUGCUGGGGAUCGGCUCCGCGCUUCUCUACCUGCAUGAGGAAUGGGAGCAGUGCGUUCUCCACAGGGACAUCAAGACGAGCAACAUGAUGCUGGACGCGUCGUUCAACGUCAAGCUUGGCGAUUUCGGGCUCGCCAGGCUCGUCGACCAUGACAGAGGGGCGCACACGACGGAGCUCGCCGGCACGCUGGGGUACAUGGACCCAGAGUGCACCGUCAGCGGGAGAUCCAGCACCGAGUCGGACGUCUACAGUUUCGGCGUCGUGCUGCUCGAGAUCGCGUGUGGACGGAGGCCCACCGUGGCUCGGCCGGACGGCACGCUGAUCCACCUGGCGCAGCGGGUAUCAGAGUUGUAUGGCCAAGGGAGGAUACUCGACGCAGCCGACGCACGGCUGGAUGGGAACUUCGACCCGCAGGAGAUGGAGCGCGUGCUAGCCGUCGGCCUCUGGUGCGCGUGCCACGACCGGGACCUAAGGCCGUCCAUAAGGCAGGCCAUCAACGUGCUCCGGUUGGAGGCGCCGCUUCCCGACAGGAUUCCGCCGGUUGGCCGUGCGGCCGGCCCUCUUCCCAUGCCAGACUCCGAUACGGGCCACAGCUCCGGCUCCACUCAGCAACUAAAUUAA